AUUUUUUGACGUUUCUGACAAAUUGUAUAACUUCAAAAAGCUCAAAUCAAAUGUCAGUGUCCCAAACAAAUUUAGUUUAAAUAUUAAAAAAAAAACAGUAUGUUCUAGUGAAAAAUCCUAUUCGCGUGACUAUGCCGGGCUCGAUUUGCUGCCGCAAAGAGUCGCUUAACCAAGCUCAUGUUUCUAAAGAGUAUGUUUAAGUCGAUUCUAAUUGGCCUCCCCGUCGGCCUAACCCUGCUGGACACCGUGGGGUAUGUGGCUCGGGUCGAGGGUAUAUCUAUGCAGCCAGCGCUCAAUCCAGAAGCGAAAAACAUGGAUUACGUGUUUUUAUCGCGAUGGGCGAUCAGAGACUUCAGUGUGAAGCGAGGUGACGUCGUAUCGCUGGUGUCACCGAAAGAUCCCAACCAAAAGAUUAUCAAGCGAGUCGUAGCGCUCCAGGGUGAUGUGGUGAGCACGCUUGGCUACAAAACGCAGUACGUGAAGGUUCCCGAAGGCCACUGCUGGGUGGAAGGCGACCAUACAGGCCACACGCUUGACAGCAACACUUUUGGUCCAGUGUCCUUAGGUCUAUUGAAUGCUAAGGCUGUAGCCAUAGUAUGGCCUCCAGAUCGAUGGCAGCAACUCGAAGCUAAAUUACCGGCACACAGAAGACCUAUCAGUACUCCUGUGUAGUGGUUAUUGUCAUGUCUAGGACCACAAAAGUUACAUCAAUGUUUUCAAGUAACUGCCAAUUCGUUCUAUUAGAUCUUGAUGUUUAUUGUGGUUCUGUAGUGGAAAUUUUAGCCUGUAUAAAAUAGGUGAUAGGGUGAAAAUGAUUCUAAAAUCUACCUUCAGUUACUUAAAUUAGGGGAAGUUUGUUGCUGUAUUAUAGACAUAAGUUCCAAGCCUUUAGUUGUAAUUAUUUACUUGUUUACAUUUGCUAAAUGUUUAUCUUGAUGGCCUUUUUUAUUUUCAGUUGCAUAUUACACUUCCCUUUUUUUUUACCUAGAAUCACAAGCUCUUUGAUCAUAAUAAGGGGAACAAAGGGUCUGAAGAUUUAUUUUCCAUUUUGUUACCUUUUUUCAUAGACUGAUGGUAAUGGAAUGGAAGGAACAUAAAAAUUAUGGAAAUUUUAGGAUGCUAUGAUUGAAAGAGCUCUUAAUCUAUGUAGAAAUAACAUUACAAAUCUAACAAAGUGUAAUGUUCAACUGCCUAUAUAUAUGGCCCUGAAGCAUCAUUAAUGUUUAGCUAAUAUAGCCAAGUCACCAUCCUAAAUGUAAUGCCAAAUUAACUGAUCUUGCUUUUAGAUCUCUUAACUAGUCUAUUUGUUUCUGUUUUGCUUCCUAUCAUGAACUAUAAUAACUAUCUUAUUACCUUUUAGAUAAUUUUGUUAUUGAUUGAACCUUCAAUGUCAAACUAGUUUUUCUAUAAAUAGGUUUGAAAAGGUGACUUUGGUGACCUAGUUCAAUUUUUUUCUUUGUUACACUGAAGAAACUAUAUUCUGAUAUUCUACCUAUAAUCAUAUCAACUUAUUUAAAUAUCAUUGCAAAUAAGUGGACCGAUAAGACUUACUUUCCAACUAAAUACCAAAAUAGUUUUUGAUAAGAGGGUAAGGCAAAAAAUAGUAUAACUGUAAUGCAAUAAAUCAAUGAAAUUAAAGGUACAAGUUUCAAGAAAGUUUAUUGUAUAGUAAUUAUAAUAGUUGAUUAAAAAAAAAUAGAACUA